CAUAACGUUACUAAGAAUUGUGGGUGUUUUAGUUGCUAGCAGAAUGACUUCUGACGUUAAGCCUGUUCAAAUUAUGUGUGGUUAUUGAGGCAGAUUUUAUGAAACUGUCUUUCACAAGCCUGGUACUAUAUUUUCAAUAUUGGUUUAACCAAUCAACAUUUCCAUCCAUGAGUUGAUGGAAGUAAAUUUACUUCCACACACUUAAGUGUGUGGACAAUUUUGAAUUACUUCUUAGCCAAAGAUAAAACUGUUUUCGGUUAUGGGACGACUUAUGAUGGAGUUAGUAAAACCAUAUUAGACAAAUAGUUUCAUCGUGGAUAACGAACACCAUAUAUAUGGUGCUCGUUAUCAUAUAUAUGAUUUAUGAGAGUUUUCAUCACUAACUGGCAUCAGCUAUCGUGCCAGAGAGGAUUUAACGCAAAAACCGAACUGCAGUUCGGUGUUUAUUUAAGCGAAAAAUAGACAAUUCAGCAACACAGACAGCGCCAAAAAGGGGGAAAAUCCGCAUUAUUUCCCCCGGAACGGCGAGAAAGCAGACGUUUUGAAGCGUUUCCCCUUUAUUUUACAACGCAUUCUCCCCUUUGUUCUCCUUUACAUCCCCUUUAUUGGUUGUUUGGGUGUCUUUUGGUAUACUCAUGAUUUUAUGGACCUUAGUUUUUUGGUUGUAUUGCAUACUGAAAUAGUGGAUUUUUAUUAUAUCCUUCAUUUAUUACUAGGUCUACUCAUAAGUUCCUUAUCCAGUUGGACUCAUAUUUUAAUUCUCUCUAUGUUUAGUAGGCUUCCGUCGUUAGUUCUGGGUUUAUUGGAAAGAAGUCCUGGCUUCUGUAAUUUAAUUGACCUUUUUCAGUCUUUAUAUAAAAUGCUCUGACAAGUAUAUAUGUGGUCAGAUUGUUCGAAAUGUAUGGCGCAAAUACAUCGCAUUUUUCAGGUCAACUCCAUCUUCUCAUUGUUCUAUCGAAAUUUAUAAAAGAACAUCCAUUCCUUUCGAUCCAUAUUCUUCAUUUCUAAUCACUUUAACAGUCAUAAAUAUUAGUAUUGUCAACCAUUUUAGUAUGCUUCUUGUUAGUUAUGUCUUUCUUUGUCGAUGUUUUGUGAGAUGAUGUAGAUUGCAAGUCAUCUGUUCUUUGCCAAACGGAUUAGUUAAUCAAGAAAUCCCCAAAUCUGUGAUUAGAAGUGCUUCAACCACUAAACUCACGCAUCAUAAUAUAGCUCGUUGUUCACAAUAGCGAAUAUGCAUUCACUCUGUAUCGAUCGAUCCUGAAUUCCAGUAACCUCGAAUGCCCUGGUACGGCCGAGAGUGGGAAGAGUCAGCUCUAAAUGUUCUCACAUGGUUACGCGUAUACAGCCACUGACAACACCUCACCCAUAGUGGAAAUCCUGUCAUAAAGAAUGAUCAUAUCUACACUAAUUCAACCAUUUUUGAACCAUGUCAUCUAUAGUCUUCAAUUAUCAACCAUGAUUGUCGUACAGAAUUCGAACUCCGAAAUCUGAUAGUAUUUUGGAAGUGAAAGCGAACUUUCACCAUUUUCUGCCACACCAGUACAUUAGUAAACACUAAAAACAAAAUGCACUCUUCAAACAAUCUUAUUGAUGAUAAAUGUCCUAUGUGUAGCAUCAAUAUGGAAACAUGGAAUACAGAACGUAAACAACUGCAUAAAAAUACUUGUUGUGAAACAUUUAUCAUGUAUUGUCAUCGUUGUCCUGCAUGUCACAAACAGAUUGCUGGUCGAACAUCUCGAACACAUUUAAAACGAUGUGCCUCGAAGUUAAACAUGGAUUUAUUUAGUCUCAUGUCAUUAUCAUGUCGUGACCAUCGUUUCAUCAGGCACGAUAAUGAAGAUUUACACACGGCUUGUGCAUUAUCUUUAUCUUUAGAUGAAGAAAUGAAGCAACGGAAAUCUGAAGCGAUUUUAGCUCAAAAAAUUGAUCCCAUCGAUUUAGAUUCACCAUCUCAUCUACUUUUAUCGAGUGAAAAACGAGAGAGAAUAUUCGCUGAAAAGUUGGAAUCAAUUCUUCUUGAGGUUAAAAGAAUUAACAAGCUUGAAAAAGUAUGUGGUAAUAAUGAUAACAAUAGUAAUUUAAUUGCCCAGUCUAAUCUAUGGAAUUUAGCAUCGACGAAACUUCAUGAUAUUGAUAAUAUUACACAAAUAUACUAUGUCAAUAAUUUAAUUCCACCCUUAAGUCCUACAUUAAAUCCUUUAAAUUCCAAUAUUAUUUCAAUGUCACAAAUACCUGGUCGUGUUUCAAUUCAUAAAAAUAUGAAAUAUGAAUCUAAUGUAACAGUCAUGAAUGAAUAUAAAGAGAAUCAUAGUGAUUAUUGUUGCGAUAAUGUUUUAAAAAAGGAAUGUGAACAAUUAUCUCCCAAACAAUCUAUUAAACUUGAAGAUAAGUGUGACACUUCAGAGUUAUCACCAAUGUUCUCUAAUACCCUUUCCAAAUCUUCAUCAUAUAUGACUAAUAUUCAUUCUAAUCCAUUACUAUCAAUGAUUGGGAAUAAUUUAUGCUCAGAUUUAUGUUUAAUAUUGGAUGAAGGUGAUAUAAUUCCAGCGCAUAAAUUUAUAUUUGCAGCUUGGAAUUUAAAUAUUGAUUAUUCACAGUGUGAUAUCAUUGAAAUUCAUAAUGUAUCCAAAGGUGAACUUAUUAAUCUUUUACAAAUAUUAUACAGUGGAGAUCGAUCAAGACUUACUAUUGAAUAUAUUAAUCAUGCAUCAGAAGCAUUACAAAACGUAAUCAGAAACUGGGGUCUGAAUAGUGUAAAAUCUGAACUCAACAUUGUUAAAACGGAAGAUUGUUGUUUAAUACAUUCAACUAAUUUAUCAACAGAUUACAAAACGGUUAAUCAUUAUUCUCAUCCUACUCCUUCUGUUAUUUCAAUACAAACAUCAUCAACAUCAAAUGAAACAACACAAAUUAAUAACUCUUCUUUACAAAUAAAUCAUAAUCAUAUUACAACUACCGAUUACAAAUACACAAAUUCUACAUCUAGCUUUGUUGAUUCCACUAUUAUCCCAAUUACAACUCAAUCAUCGUUAUCAUCAUUAAUAUCAGUUCAUACUCCUAUGAUUCCAUCAAAGUUAUACACCUCUAAUCCAGCUCGAUUUAGUCGGGAUUUAUUUUUAUUCUCCGAUAAUGAGGAAAGUAUCAAUGGGAAUAUCGAUAAUGUUGAUAUAGAAACUUAUCAUCAUUCUAAUCAAGUAGAAUCGUUACAAUCUGUUGAUGAUAGUAACCUUCAUGGUACAUUUAAAACAAUUAGUAAGCUUACAACAGAACAAGAAACAACGGAUAAUAAUUCACCAAUCCUCCUCUUAAACAACUCUCCAACUUGUACAAAAUUAUCUCCAAUCUUAAAUAAUGAUAUACAAGUUACUACUCCAAAGCAUUUUUAUAAUUCUUGGUUAGAAGAUGAAACAACUCCAUCACCUUUAAUGAAACGUAUACGCUUAUCAAAUAAUGAUGAAAUAGUUUCAAAUUCAUUAUUGAAUGUAACUACUAUUACUACUGAUGUUAAAAAUAGUAGUAUAGUUAAUACUAUUCCUUCUAAUUCUGUUUGUCAUACGGUAAAAUCUAUUCUAACUGAUUCAAUAGUUGAUUUUUUUACUACAAAUUCAUUCCAUAAUCACAAUAGUAAUAAUAAUGAUGAUGAUUGUAAUAAAGAGAUACAGGAAAUCGAUGAGAGUUUGUCCACCAUUAAACCUACUAAUAGAGAAAAUUGUCAAGAAACAUUUGUUUCAAAUCAAUUAUUGACACCAGAUAAAAAUGUACCAAAUUCUAUGAUAGAAUCAGUCAACACUACACCAAUUCCUUUUACUCCAUUACCUAAAUAUGAAGAAAUGAUGACUCCAGAAUUGAAACGUGCUUUAUCUAAAUAUGGUGUGAAACCUCUUCCACGUAAACGUGCUAUACUACUCUUAAAAGAAAUAUAUAAUCAACUUCAUCAAUAUGAAGAAGAUGAACAGAAUCAAUUGAUGUCUAACAAACGAAUUGGAUCAGUGAAGUACCAUAAUGAUAGACAAUUACAAGAAAAUUGUAUAGAUAAAGAAAAGAAAUGUAAUAAUAGAUUAGAUAGAUCUAAAAAGAUGAUAUUAAAUGUUUCAAAUAAUGUAAAUAAUGUAUCAUUAUUACCCAUACGUUGUGAAAAUGAUACUGAUAAUAAUAAUAAUAAUGGUGAAUUGUUAUUAUCAACUUCAACUCCUUCAAAUGAAUUACAAAAUUUAUUGAAUUCUGAAGUUAUUUCAUCUAAUGAACUGUCUCAUUCAAAUAGUCAAGAUUUGAAAAAACUAAGUCGAAAACAAGUCAAUAAGAUCAAGGGUAAUAUAAAUCAAAUUGUAUUACAUUAUUUAAAGAAUAAUCCCAAUCUAUACAUGAAUAUUUUAACUUAUACGCCAUUAGAAUUCGAUGUUGUACAUAAUAUGCUUAAAUCUGAUGGUAUUAUAAUUGGACAACAAAAGCUGAUGGAUCUUUUCGAUGAUCAGUGUAUUACAUUCACAUUACGUAAUCGUAUCAAAAACCACAAUAAAUACAAUGGUUCAAUAUCUAAGAAAUGAAUUAACUCUAACAGAAAUAUUCUAAAAUAAUAAAAAAUCCAUUAUAAAUAUUGUGCUUUAAAUAUAUUGUCUUUCAUUUUAUUAUUCCAUUAAUUUUCAUAUCCCAUAUUCGAUUCUGUUUACGAAACUUCUUAUUGAAUUCAAAUGUACAAAAU